UUGUGGGUUCUUUUCAGGUUUUAAGGUCCUAUUCAUUGGAGUUUGGAUGUAUUGAGUAGCCUACAUCAUUUGGUCUGCAUUAUAACCAAUCAGAGAAAACAAUGAAUUCCAUGAAGAGAGACAAGAAAGAUGAGGAGGAAGGAGGUGGAGGGGGCCUGUUUUCAAGCUUGGACAAAACGACUGUUCUUCAAGAGGCUCGUCUUUUUAAUGAGACUCCAGUGAAUCCUAGAAAAUGCACACAGAUCCUCACAAAAAUUCUAUAUUUGCUCAUGCAGGGAGAGGAACUGGGGACUCGUGAGGCUACAGACACAUUCUUUGCCAUGACCAAGCUUUUCCAGUCCAAAGAUAUUGUCCUGCGUCGGAUGGUGUAUCUUGGCAUCAAAGAGCUUUCAACUGUGGCAGAAGAUGUGAUUAUUGUCACAUCAAGCCUUACGAAGGAUAUGACUGGAAAGGAAGAUUUGUAUCGAGCAGCUGCCAUCAGAGCCUUGUGUAGCAUUACAGAUAGCUCCAUGCUUCAGAGUAUAGAGCGAUACAUGAAGCAGGCUAUUGUAGACAAAAGUCCAAGUGUAAGUUCAGCAGGACUUGUAAGUUCUCUUCAUCUCAUGGCAUCUUCCGGGGAAAUCAUUCGCCGUUGGGUCAAUGAAGCCCAAGAAGCUGCCAAUUCUGACAACAUGCUUGUCCAGUAUCAUGCUAUUGGACUUCUUUAUGCUGUGAGGAAGACAGAUCGCCUGGCAGUCAUUAAGCUUGUGUCCAAGUACACAUCAUUGGCAGUACGAUCUCCAUUUGCAACUUGUAUGCUGAUUCGCAUAGCCUGUCGUCUUAUGGAGGAUGAUCCAGACAAUGAUUCCACCUACCAAGAUUUUCUGGAAUCAUGCCUGCGUCACAAAUCUGAGAUGGUCAUUUAUGAAGCAGCACAUGCAAUUGUGAACCUCAAGCGGACUGGAGCUCGUGAAUUGUCACCUGCAGUAUCAGUCUUGCAGCUUUUCUGUUCCAGCCCCAAGGCAACUCUCCGAUUUGCUGCUGUCAGAACUCUCAACAAGGUGGCAAUGAGGCAGCCUACAGCUGUCACUGCAUGCAACUUGGAUUUGGAGAACUUGAUAUCAGACAGCAACCGAUCGGUGGCCACCCUUGCAAUCACUACUCUCCUCAAGACUGGGGCAGAGUCUUCUAUUGAUAGACUAAUGAAGCAAAUAGCAUCAUUUGUCUCAGAAAUUUCUGAUGAAUUCAAGGUGGUUGUUGUUCAGGCAAUUCGUGCUCUGUGUGUGAAGUUCCCUCGCAAGCAUGGAGUUCUUAUGACCUUUCUAUCAUCAUUGCUUCGUGAGGAAGGUGGACUAGAUUACAAAGCUGCCAUUGCUGACACCCUGAUCACCAUCAUUGAGGAGAACCCUGAAGCCAAAGAAACAGGCUUGGCACAUUUGUGUGAGUUCAUAGAAGACUGCGAACAUACUGCUUUGGCUGUGCGGAUCCUCCACUUGCUCGGAAAGGAAGGUCCUCGUACCAAUAAGCCUUCUAGGUACAUAAGGUUCAUCUACAAUCGUGUGAUUCUGGAGAAUGCAUGUGUGCGUGCAGCUGCUGUUUCGGCUUUGGCCCGUUUUGGUGCACUUGUUGAUGAGUUGACUACCAAUAUCCUUGUCCUCCUUUGCCGAUGUGAGAUGGAUUCAGAUGAUGAGGUGCGAGAUCGUGCUGCCUACUAUCGAUGCAUUCUUGAGAACCAGGACCGCAGCCUCUCUUCUCACUUCAUCCUUAAUGAAUUUCAGGAAGGAGAAGGGGAACCCAGAGAAGGGAUGCUGAUGACAGAAAAGAAGCCAAGUGCAGUGACCAAGACAAGACAGGAAACCCUGGCCCAGCAGCUCUUGAACAUUCCUGCACUGGCUGCCCUUCCACUUGGUCAACUUUUCAAAAGCUCCAUGCCAACAGACCUCACAGAAUCUGAGACAGAAUAUGUUGUCCAAUGUAUCAAGCAUGUCUUCCCCCAACAUGUUGUUCUCCAGUUUGAAUGCCGGAACACGCUUCCAGAUCAACUACUGGAGAAUGUGCGUAUCAGUCUGGAGAUUCCAGCUGGUUUUGAACUUGUCAGUGAGAUCCCCUGCCCUCGUCUAGAAUAUAACACCCCUGGGAAUGUGUACUCAUGCAUCCGUCUCCCAGAUGACCCUCAGUUGGCCAUGGAAGGAACUUUUGAGGCCACCAUGAAGUUUGUUGUGAAGGACUGUGAUCCCAACACUGGAUUGCCUGACUCUGAUUAUGGAUAUGAUGAUGAAUACAUUGUGAGAAAUGACCCAGAAGUCUACUUCCUUUUUCCUCUCAGGUUCCUAGAAUAUUUCUGGUUUUAUUUGCAGUUGGAAGAGGUAGAGGUUGCUACUGGAGAUUUCUUAGUGAAGGUCAUCGAAGGAGAUUUCCAAUCAGCAUGGGAUGGACUUGGAGAAGAGAAUCAAGUUACAGAAACAUUUGAAUUACCUUACAAGUCCUUGGAGGAGGCAGUGACAAAAAUAGUGAAAUUCCUUUCUCUGCACCCUUCAGAGAGGUCUGAUCGUGUCCAAGCUGGGAAGACUACUCAUACUCUAUACCUUUCUGUUGCAAGUCUGAGGUUUCUUCUGACCUCUUUCCUGUAA